AUGCGCGCAUACGCUAUCGCUGCAGUAGUCUUCGCAGUUUUUGCGACUGGCAGUACGCUUGAUCAUUACAUACUCUCUGCUCUUGCACCCCACACGCCAACCGCAAGCCCUGGUUUGAUACCUCACUCAGUCCGCCCGACGCCACCUGCAGUGCAACCGCAUAUCCAGGAUGGUCUCGAACUUCGUCAAGCACCAGGCCUGGUGCCCAUCGCAACGCCUGCAACUGACAUGGUCGCCCCGGAGGUACCUUUAGCUGUGUUGCCAGCUCCAGCACCCGCGUUGCCAGCUGCAGACCCGCCUGCUGUGCCAGUAGCACCUUCGGUACCUGCAAAUCCUCCUGCAGCCACGGCGCCAGUUCACUCAAGUGUGCUUCCACUUCCUCUGAACGCGGAUCCUGUGCUUCCUGUUCCUGCAACAACAGUAGCUCACCCUCCACUCGUUACCGGCGACGACUUCGUGACCGUCCAAUGGAUCGAGACGCACAUGGGAACGCUUCGUACAUGGAUCCCGAAGACUGAAACAUUCCACUUCGAAAUCAUGUCGCAAGCUCCCCCACCGGGGGUGGGAUCAAUCGGAAUGGGUACACUCACGGGCAAGACUGGACAGACGCAGACCAUCCACAUGGUAGGUGCGGCACAGACACCUGCAGCAGGCUUGAGGAAGGGUAUCGCGGCUGCUGUAGCUGUCGGUAUCGCUGGGCUUGUGGUGUGA